GCUCUGCCCCCUUCCCUCUCGCUGCAGCGAUGAAAGCAGAGGAGAAAUUCGAGUCAAACCCGUGGAUGUGCCCAUAAAGCGGUUUGCUAGAGCCGAGGUGAUAUUCUCCUGCCAGUAGUUCGCCUGGUGAGCUCGCAGCUCUGCGGUGGUUUCAGUCGAAGAUAAGACGCUUUGUGUGUUUAGAGGGUAACAAGCGGAGAGCGACCGAGAAGGAGGCGGGAGGAGGAGGAGGAGGAGGGGGGUUAUCGGCCCACGGCAGUCUGAAUCACCGCUGACUCGCCCCGCCGCUGGUUCGUCGUCGACGACGACGUUUGCCCAUCGACGUGCGCAUCCUCACGGAGGCAGACCGCAACGGGAAGGGACGGACCCGAGCCCGCGUUCGACCCUCUGCCGCAGCCCCAGGCGCGCUGCUUGGCAGGGCGUGCUAAAUAAUGAGCCAAAGGGACACGCUGGUUCAUUUGUUCGCCGGAGGAUGUGGUGGCACAGUGGGCGCAAUUUUGACAUGUCCUCUGGAGGUUGUGAAGACCAGACUGCAGUCCUCCUCCAUCACUCUCUACAUCUCGGAAGUCCAUCUCAGCACCGUUAAUGGAACCAGUGUGGCCCGUGUUGCUCCACCCGGGCCUCUGCACUGUCUCAAGUUAAUUCUAGAGAGAGAGGGUCCUCGUUCUCUCUUCAGAGGACUGGGACCCAAUCUUGUGGGUGUGGCUCCUUCCAGGGCGAUCUACUUUGCAGCCUAUUCGACGGCCAAGGAGAAGCUGAACGGGGUGCUGGAGCCGGACUCUACCCAGGUGCACAUGGUGUCGGCUGGGCUCGCAGGGUUCACCGCCAUCACAGCCACGAAUCCAAUCUGGCUGAUCAAGACCCGUCUGCAGCUGGAAACCAGAACCCGGGGUCAGCGGCGCAUGAACGCGUUUGACUGCGUGCGGCGGGUGUACCAGAUGGACGGCCUGCGAGGUUUCUACCGGGGGAUGUCAGCCUCGUACGCUGGCAUCUCUGAGACUGUUAUCCACUUUGUCAUCUACGAGAGCAUCAAACGCAAACUGGUGGAAUCCAAGGCCCACGCCAGCAUGGAUGAAGAGGAGGAGUCCGUCAAAGACGCGUCAGACUUUGUGGGCAUGAUGCUCGCGGCGGCCACCUCCAAGACGUGUGCAACCUCCAUCGCCUACCCUCAUGAGGUGAUCCGCACGCGGCUUCGAGAGGAAGGCAGCAAAUACCGCUCGUUCUUCCAAACGCUGCUGACGGUACCCAAGGAGGAGGGAUACCGGGCCCUGUACCGAGGCUUAACCACCCACCUCGUCAGACAGAUUCCCAACACUGCCAUCAUGAUGUGCACCUAUGAAGUGGUGGUCUACAUGCUCGGCCGUUAGCCCGCCUGCUACGUCUCCUUUAUGUUUAGCGAGGGAGACACUUAGCAAAUGGCCUGUAAGGUAGCCCUCUGGCGAGGGGUAGUGUGGACUAAAUGUCAAAAUGAAGACCAAAGGAAAACCGAAAAUACUCAAGUAAUACUUGGAAAAAAUGACAAAAGAUGAGGAAAUAAGAGGCGUGGAAGCCCUUUGUUACUAUAACAGCAUCAUCACUUUAAGUUCCCUUUAUCAGAUUGCUGGAACAGAUAGAGGUCACUGCGGUUCAGAGAUGAGGUAACGCAGGAAGGAUGAGUAAAGAGGCAGCGACAGGAAAGAGCCGGAAAAAGCCUGGCAUCUGUCAAAGGGCAGCCUGAAAGAAUACAUCUGAAGCACAUUUCAGUGGCCUUAACAAGGUUAUUAGUUUGCGUCUUUCCUUUUCCAAUGGAGGGUGAGAAACUGAAUUUUUCAAUCUUGUACAGAGAUAAUAUUUUGAAAGGGGAAGGCUGGGAGCCAACUCAAUUUGACGGUCUUACUCCUCUGUAACUCGGUGCCUGGACGGUGACGCGUUUCGGGGGAAGUUUGCCUUCUCUGUCGACAGUUUCUCUUUGUUAAAACUAAAAUAAGGUCGGCAUACAAGGCCUUCUUCCGCCUGCACCCAGUCACUGCUCAGGACAUGAGAACUUCGUGUCCUUUUCGAGAUGUGUGAUUGUUCAACAAAAGGUACCAACACCUAAUUAUCUACUAUUGGAGUGCCACUACUUGAAUAUAAUGUGACGGUGCGGGAAAAGGUUCUAGUAGAAAAUGUUGAUGGAGUUUCAUCAUCAGAGCGUGUGUGUGUGCGUGUGUGUGUGUUAACAUGUUGGUUGGUCCCUGUCGCCAUGAUGAUUGAACUAUGUUUUAAGAAUGUGUCUGUUCAUCCGCGGUCAUGUAUAAUUAGUAUCUACUCCAGACUUCCCUCACUAACUAUUAAUCUUACAGAACACUGCGGUUGGGAGGCUAGAAAAGCUCCUGUACCUUACUGGCAGCUUUUUAUUCCCAAUCGCAUGCCAGCCCUUCCCUCCAGUGGCUCCCAACUGACCUUAUAACAUGCACUUUUGUGGCCUUUUAGGGCUUGUGCUUUGCAUUUUCUUGUGUGGACAGUUUGAACUUGUACAUUGUAAAAGAAAAAAAGUAUUCCUGUAUAUCAAAAUGGUAUUUUGCGCAAUUGUUCUUAGCAGAUAUAUUGUACAGUUUAGAGUUCUCAUUAGUUGUGAAGGAUGUGUGUAUAUAAUAUAGAUACUGUAUAUGCAUAUCAUUUUUUGUUUUGUUCUUAGGCCCAUUUAUGAUUAUGCCGUUAUUAUUAUUUUUGUGCAAUUUAACAUUGUUUAACUGUUGACAUGUAUGUUGCUUGACUGGGUUUCUUACAGUAUAAACUGUGUAUAAACUUCAUAUUUAGUAUGUCGCUGUCAAGCAAACAUUUGUGUUGACACUAAAGUUAACAAAUGAUGCGAAGAGAGAAAUACUUCAAUGUAGGCAUUUGUGCGUUGGUUAGUCAUUUUAGUGGUCCAGUCUUUUUUUUCCAUUUUGCAAAGUUUGAACGUUUCUAUCAUUGGUAAUGUUUACAUUGUUCAUAACUUGCAUGGCAAAAUGUUUUGAAUAUCACGAUGGAGGUAUUUUAAUGUGAAAGUUUAACGACUGGAAUCCUCUCUACUAUACCGUACAGAGUUAAAACU